CUGUUCUGGGGCCAUUUGCGCAAAACUCGGAGUACCCAUCCAUCGUGCCAUCUCACUUCGUCCCCACCGAUCCACUCAAUCAUCGAUACGGGGCCUAUCACGAUUCAUUUUGGCAACGCGAUCGAGGCGAGGCACACUGCUUCUUUUUCGCCAAUCCCAGUUCAUCACAUAAAUAUAUCUCAACCCUGUUAUUAUAUCGGACCACAAUGUACAUGACCGCCAAGAAACUCGGACUACAUCGCCCCCGCAUCACUAACUCGCUUCCGCCGAGAACCAAUCAACAGCCGAGAAAUUCGUGGGAAAGAAAAAGGAAGAAAAAGUCAUAUAUUGAUUCUAUCGUCCCACUGCAUUCGCCAAACUGCAUAGAUACACAACAAACGGAGCAUGCAGGAAGAAAUCCGAGGCAUUUCUCAACGAGCAGCACGCCAUCGAAAGACCUGACAUCUUUUCAUCCAGAACCCCCGUGGAACCUUCUAUAUCCACGCGUGUACCUGUCUUCCACGCACUCAAGUAGCAGCAGUAGCAUGAACUCAAAAUACAAACUUUCCAAGCUGAAUAUAUCGACACCUUCGAUUUUCUUUCCACGCGCAAAAGAACACCCAUGUGCUAUCGUACGAUUCGCCCAAAUCAGAAAUCUUGCAGCAUCCCACGUUUUCUGCUCCCACUCUUGCAGGGAUAGCAACCUUCCCGAAAUGGCGCUCGGCCGCAUUGUCUGCAUGCCGAUAAGCAACUAUCGGGGCACCGAUUGAGGGGACGACAAACCAUACAAUGACGGAAGAAAGCCUCAGCUCGCCGAUUGGACCAAGUAGGAACGCCCCUUUGGGUCGCCAUGCGUCCUUAGGCCGUGUUCGAGGCACGCACGUGUUUGCCUGUACCGGUAGCACUUGAGAGACGUUCAUGCAUUGUCCAUUGACUCGCUCACUCGUUCGCAGGGUCCACUCUAAAACGUUGCGGCCAUGUGGGAUAGAAUGGGAACCACGUUGUCUUCGGGUUCUUCUUUGCACGUGAACUAGACCGCUCUUCUCUCUAGUUGCAUUCAAUUGGCCGGUGAAUCCUUCACUACCUACUGUCUUGAUGCACCUGCAUAUCUUGCUAACCUGGGUAGGUAGGUAAAUCCAUUUCUUACACUCUUCUCGAUGCAUUCUGUUGACUUCUUUCGUUUGACCUAGAAACUUAUGAUGCUCGGCCGGCGAUUCCCUUGAUUGUAGAAAAUGAGUAGGUGUUUUCCAUGCAUGUGUCGAAGGGUGGCUAGAAGGACGUAAUCCCUUGAGCGUAUAUGCACAUUUCCAGUCUGGGCAGUACUAUUAGUGUCUCCGCGAGCAGCUGGAAGAUGGUAUCUCCUAGAAUUUGUCCAGGGUCGCUCCUACAUUCGAAUACCUGCAUAGGCCGGACGGUCGUCAAAUUAAUGACCGCAUGACGAGUGAUGGGUAUUGGUUGGACGGGGGCGAUGAACCUUAUCGGCCUAUCAUAAGGUUACCUUGUCGUGAAUUUGAAACGCGAAGUUCUGAUAUCAGCCUACUCUUAGGUGCCUUUUGGCUACCCUUUAGAUUUCAAUAUUUAUUGCUUAUUCAAUUGUAUUAUCGGAUU